CACGGCUGGGGACUUCGUAUUUUACUCCGCACACAGUUUGUGGAAGCACUAUACAAUAGCCUCCCUGAGGAAGCCAAGUCAAAGGUCCUCCUUGGGGAACAGGUUGAGAGUGUACAUAUGGAUGAAGUCGGUGUUCAGGUGACCUAUCAGGACGGUCAUGUGGAAGAAGGAGCCAUCCUCAUUGGUGCCGAUGGCGUUCGGAGCCGUACGCGCUUGUGUAUGGAGGCCCUGCAACAACAUAAAUCACCUCACGAUCUGGAUGAGAAAUACCAAAACCCGUAUCGCUCUACCUACAGGGUUCUCGUCAGCGAAGUUGAGACGUUGUCAAAUGCCCCUUUACAUAUCAAAUGUGACGGUGUCAAUUACGGCGCUGCAACACAAUACUUGCACGGAAACAAGGGUUCUUGCUUCGCCCUCUACGAGAAGCUGGCGAAACCGUCUCCGAGACACCACCGCUACACAGAAGAUGAUAAGCGUGAGAUGCUCAAGCGCUGGAGCCAUCUGAUGGUCAUGCCAAACUACUCGGUUCGUGAUUUGAAGUUGACGGGCGACAAUAUUGGGCUUUACGACUGCGAAGAGGGCUUGAUCCCUAACUGGUACCACGGUCGUAUUGUGCUAGUGGGUGAUGCGGUAAGGAAGCUUGACCCCCGCACGGGCAUGGGAUACAAUGAGGGGUUGAUCGACCUUGUAGUGCUGAUCAACGGGAUUCGAGAUAUGUUCGAAGUCCUUUCUCCGCGACAGGCGUGCUCAACCAUUGCUUCACUUGAGAAGACCUUUCACGAUUAUGAAAAGACGAGGACCAAGAAUAUGAGCAUGGUAAUGAGGAUAUCGAAAACAUUCGCUCGGGUUUCGGCAUGGCUUUCGUGGAAAGACAUGGUUAUGGCCAGGUACUUGCAGCCAUAUUUGAGACUGACUGAUCUCUGUGUGGCGUUUAUUCUUGGUCCUAUGAUAAGCGCGUCGCCCCUACUGGACGGGACAAGAGAAAUUGGGCAGAUAAGCAACUAA